GAAAAGAGAGAAAUUUAGGUUGAAUUAAAAAAAAAAGAAAUGAGCGAAGAACAGCUGGAGAAACCUAAAACUUAUGACGUGAAAGAAGGUGCUGAAAAGAUUCCGGCGACGGAGGGAGGCAUUAACGCGGCGGAGGUCAAAGACAAAGGUGUUGUCGCCGAGGUCUCCGGUGGACAGGCGGAGGGAGAACUAAACCAGAAAAAGGUGGUAGGCAAUCCUCCGGCAUCGGAAGGAUGCAUAACGAUCGGAGAGGCUCUAGAGGCGGCGGUUCUCACGGCGGGGAAUAAGCCGGUGGAGUGGAGUGACGCAGCUGCUAUUCAAGCGGCUGAGGUUAGAGCCACCGGACGGACCAACAUCAUGCCCGGCGGUGUUGCCGCGUCGGCUCAGUCAGCUGCUACUCUUAACGCUCGAGCCACCUCAGACGACGACAAGACAACGCUCGCCGAGGUUCUCACUGGAGCGAGUAGCAAAUUACCAUCGGACAAACCAGCAACAAGGAAAGACGCAGAGGGAGUGACAGGCGCAGAGAUGAGGAACGAUCCACAUCUCACUACUUACCCUACCGGCGUGGCCGCCUCUGUUGCUGCAGCUGCUCGAAUUAAUCAGGCCAAGUGAUACCAUUCUCCUUUCUUGGGAACUACGUAAUGGUUUAGAGAAGCCAACCUUG